AUGAUUCUGAUGCGGAUAUGUUUACUAUAUUUGAUAUUUCCCUUAUUACUACACGCGUAUCCCACGGCGCAACAUGCCGACCCGCACAACUAUCCUGAUCUUACAGAUGGCCUAACCGAUGGCGAUGUUCAGGCUGCUCUGGAAGAUCUGUCGCUAGAAGACCUGACCUCGCUGGACCAUCUAUUGGAUGAGCACAGCCAUCACGAUGAAGAUCCCAAUUCGGGCUCGGACUCGGACGCAAGUCAAGGAAACCAGUUCAGGGAAGCUAAGGGCACGGAUGAGCAGGUCUUUGAGGAUCUGCUGGCAUCGGAGGAUCACCUCGAUGAUGGCUGCAAGGACGAGGAUGAGGAGAAAAAGCCCAACAAUCUCUGCACCAAGCGACCGCCUGUGCCAAAAUUCACACGCUCCACCACGAAAACUGCUGCGACCACCUGCGAGCCCCCAGAUACAACAUCAGGGCUCCCCUACAAGAAAACUUCCAGCAAGAAAACGCCAGACUACGACAAUAUGGGGGCCCCCUUCGGCAUGUCCAAGUGCCUGAAGACGAAGCAAAUGAAGUGCAAGCCCAAGCCAACGGUCAAGAGCGAUGAAGAAUGCGAAGCAGACGACUUUGAGUGCCUGAGGAGAUUCCGCGGAAGAGAUUCCGCCAAAGUGUUCAAGCAGUCACCACUGGACUACGACGAGGAAAACUCUGAUGACUCCUCGGUUUACGUUCCAGCCAAUGAGCUGGCCAGAAUCGGGCAACUGGACGAGGAGACUCCCAUUCACUCUCUGGAUCGAGAACCAAUGGAAGAUCGGGUCAAGCAGAGCGGGUGGAAACCACUUGCCGACGAGCAGGAGGAGAGGGCUAAAUUGGAGCGUACAGAAACGUACGAGCGCCAUCAUCUCUCUCGAAUGGCACACCGAGAGCGAAAGUAUGCCAAAGCCCAGGAGCAGAAGCAGAUCCCAUACGAUCCCAUGGAUGAGAGGCCACAGCUCAGUGCUGCCGACAGCUUCCUUGCCAGCAAUGAGCGCGAUCCGAUGCGCUUCCUCGCCCAGAUGGAGGACGGGAACAUCGAUAGCCAGAACGAUCAUCGGGAGGAUCGCAGCCAGAACGAGAAUCUAACCCUAGAAAAGCUCACAGAGGAACAGGGACAGGAUCCCAAUGAAUAUCUCGAUUUCAGGCGAAUGAAGCGAGAGAACAAGCAAACGGACGAUGCCCCUGACAACUCUAAGGAGACCUAUUUGAAACAGCUAAUGGACAGCUUCCCACGCGAUCAGGACGGUCAGAGCAAUGACGACUUGGAGGCUCUGCAGGAAUCGGUUUCGGCUCAUUUGCGCGUUAAGCGAUGUUGAGUUUUUUUUGUUUUAAACUUGAAGCCUAAUUGUUGUUAUCACGAUAAUUAUAAUUGUAGUUGUAUUUUUUACCCCAUAAAUUGAUAAAGAAGAAA